AAUUUAGGCGGCAAAAUAACCACGAUUUUCCCGCCGGAAAGAUCACCGACGUCACUAUCUCUUCUUCCUCUCUCACUUAACAGCCACAAGCGUACGCAGAAAACAAUGGCCAAAGACGUCGCCGGAGACAGAAAACAGUAUUGGCUUCUGAAGACGGAGCCAGCAGAGUGGUCAUGGGCGGACCAAGCCGCCAACGACGGACGAACAAAGUGGGACGGCGUAAAGAACAAGCAAGCUCAGAAGCAUCUCAAGUCCAUGAAACUCGGCGACCUCUGUUUCUUCUACCACUCCGGCGCCAAGGCCCGCCGCGUCGUCGGCGUGGUUGCCGUCGCACGGGAGUGGUACUCGGCAGACGACGAUGAUGUCGUCGUCGACGUGGAGGCAGUCGGAGAGAUGAGGGAACCGGUGGAUCUGAAAGAGAUGAAGAAGGGGAUGGAAGGGAUGAAGAAUUUUGCUCUGUUUCGGCAGCCAAGGCUGUCGGUUGUGCCGGUUGCGAAGGAGAUUUGGGAUAAGAUCUGUGAACUGGGAGGCGGAUUUGAAGGAGAUGGAACAGAGGGCGGGCAUGGGAGCGAGGGAUAGAGCUUGAAUUUGAAUGCGCGCAAGGUGCUUGUGAAUAUGCCUAAGAGAAUUUUGAAGGGAUUGGAUUCAGAAACCAAAUCUGUUUCCGAACUCUGGGAAGAAGAGGAUCUUGAAAGGGAAAGGCUCAGGUAUAUAUUUUGUUUUUGUUGUAUGAUUAAUCGUGGUUUGUGAAUUCUUUGGGGAAUCAAAUUUUAGAUUAUGAAGUUUCUUUUUCUUCAACAAUGGCAGAACUAGAGUUCUAAUUUACUUUCAUAUCUUUCGUUAGCAUUAAACUUCCAUAAUUUUUUUUUUUCAACCAUUGCUCAACUGUCACACGUACGUGUCCGUAAACAAUCAAA